CGUCGGAGCAAGUGAUCUUGCUCAAAUACAUUAAAAAUAAUAAUAAUAUUAUUAUUAUAAAUAACAGUUAAUUAAAUUUAUUGUUGUUUUUAACUUUUUUUUUUAAACAUAUUUUUUAUAUCAACCUGCCAUAAUGAAAUUCGUAUGCUAUUGUUUGGUGUUCCUCUCGGCCGCCUCCGUUGCCGUAUCCCUCGAAGUGAAAAAAGUGUACGUCAUCGAACGCGACUAUAAGACGGGAGUGUUGAGAGCCAGACGCCAAAACGUGCCAACCGCGCACACCGUUGCCAGGAUCGGUGGUCAGACGGAUCAGUUUCACGGACCUUCUCUGCCGCUGGUAGCACAGCCGCAUCCGUUGGAUUUGGCGUCAACGGUAGAUCUCACAGUGGACAGAACGCCAACGGACUACCUGACGCCGCCCAGCGUGGACUUCACAUUCCAGAAUUUCCAGUCGGACCCAUUGAAAACGCAAGAGUCGCAGCAUCAGAGCGUCGGCGGGCCGCAUACACAGUUCGUGCAGGUCACUUCGCCGUUCACGCCUAACUCGGGACCGCCGCCGCAGCAGGUGUUCCAGGGCCCACCUCAACCGGUACUGCAGGGCCCGCCACAGCCGGUGUUACAGGGUCCACCGCACCUGUUGCAGACGUCGUCGCCUAGCAACCAGGUGCAAAGUUUGUCGUUCGCCAGUCAACCGAUCGAGCAGUUCACCCCGUUCACGCCGACGUUGGUGCACGACCACCAGUCGCAACAACAACAACAACAACUGCAGCAGCAACAACAACAACCACAAAACGGCCGGUGGGAUCUGGGUUUCGACGCCAACGAGAUACUGACGCCACCGGCAUCGGUCGGUACGGACCCGUUGGCCGUGCACAAUAACAACGCGGUCAACCUGGGAGAGUUCCAACAGGAAUCACACCAGCAGCAGCGCAACAUCAAGGCGCCGUCAUUCGGUGGUUUGUUCGCGUUCGACGGGCCAUCCGCGCCGCCCAGCAGCAGCAACAACAAUAAGUUCACGCCACAGGACGCUGUCGUCCGGCCGUCGUCGUCCAACAUCAACAACAACAACAACAACAACGUGUUUUGGGGAACGCCGAAAACGGCUCAACAACAGCCUCUGAGGCCGCCGAUCACGUUUUCCGAACCCAACGCUUACCGGUUUAACAACCAUAACAACCAUCAAUUUGUCGACGGGUUCCAGGUGCCGUUUACCGGUCAGUUCGACGGCCCGUUGUCGCAGGGCACCGUGUCCGACCACGUGGUCCACACGUCGUUCAGGAUAAAGAGACAACUGAACUUGGAAGAUGACGAAAUGGACAGCAAUAAACAACAGGUUUCGACGGAAGACGUUAAAGAUGAAAGGGAAUACAAAGAAACAAUGCCGGUUAUUACUUUUGUAAAGACGGACAAACACGGUAACUUCAAAUGGAGCGUUAGACAAGGUUAUUAAUGCAAUAACGCAAUGCCUACAUCUAAUUAUACUACCUUAUAGGCUGUUUUUGCUUUAAUCGUUUUUGUAAUAAGAUUUGUAAUAAAAUAUUUAAAUUAACACAAAUGUAUACCUCAGUCUUCAGUACUUGAAGUAAUAUCCAGUAGCCAGUAAGUAGUAACCGUGUUACAGGCCAAGCGGAUUUACGGGCAAUGUAGGAGGUUUAUCAUUUCCACCAUAAUAUAAAUAAACAGUUUAAUGCUACUUACUAGAUUUUAACUUGACCGCAAUACUACCGCAUCUCUGGCGAAUGUAUUUCCCUUGUUUAAGGGUCAAAUUAAUCUUUAAAAUUUCACAGAGCGCGACAGACCGACGUACUCAAAAAUAUUAACUGAAAUGGGGUUUUCUAUUUAUAGAGCCAAAGAGCCUGAAAUGUAGACCUUUAAUAAAACUUACCAAAAUAAAGUGUUUUUAAGUUAAUAACUGAUAAAUCUUAUUAUUAAAACCAUAAAAA